AUGGCCGUGAUAGAAGAAAUUGUGGACGACGAGCAAUGUGAUGAUGUUGAAGUGUUUUUACAGCAAGCCGAGCAAAUAAAAACCCAGGGCAAUGCCCAUUUCGGCAAAGGAGAAUGGCAGGAAGCGAAGGAGCAGUACCAGAAAGGAAUCGACAUGAUCAAUAGCCGUUUUCCGAUCGACGAGCCUGAAACAUCAGAGCCAAUCGAUGAACCGAAAGUAGAGGAAGAGAAAAGCGCUGAGACGGAAGAAGCACCACAAGAAUCUCAAACGGCCCCGGAAAUCCCUCCAAAAAUCGCCGCCCUGAAGGCCACGCUAUUCUCGAACAUGGCCGCUUGCUAUAUCAAAAUGGAACAGUGGGAACCGGCAGUCACCGUAGCGACAAGUGCAAUCAACGCCGGGCCGUCGAACGAGAAACCACUGGAGCGCCGAGCAUUCGCCUAUUCGAAAAUGGACGGCAAACUGCACGCGUCGCUGGAGGAUUACGAAGUGCUGCGGAAGAAGUUUCCGAAUAAUCGACAUUACGCUGAGAGGUCUACGGAGGUGCGCAAGCUGCUCGAAGUGGAAAACGAGAGGUUGAAGGCCGACGUCAUCAACAAGUUAAAGGGAUUGGGCGACUUCUGUUUACGGCCGUUCGGGUUAUCGACUGACUCCUUCGAAUUGACACCGAACAGCGAGGGCGGCUACUCGAUUGGCAUGAAACAAGCCCCUCCACGCACCGCCGAUGAUUCUCAA